AAUUUUAAAUUAAUAAGUGAAGUCACAAACAAUUUUUAUUGUAAAAAACAUCAAUCUCAUCCCAAGCUUUAUUCAGUAAAUUGCGUCAAAAAUUGUAGUUUGUUUUGAUAGCAAUAAUUGAAACAAUGAGUGGAGUUUUGGAUUUGAUGUGGCAACGUCCAAACUCUUCAGAAUUCCCCAAAAUAUGGAGAACUUUCAAAGUGAAAGACUUGGAGAGCGAUGCGUUUGUAGAAUAUCAAAUCCAAGAUUUGCCAGAAUCUAGAUCCGAGGAGGCUGUGGAAUUUAUGAUCAAAAUUUUCUGUUCAGACGAACCGCUAACAGAGGCACACGAGGGGACCAAAGAUGCCAAUGCCAUUGAGUACUUUCGACUAAUAUGGAAAUCAUUGUUGAUGCAAAAAAUGACCUUGGCCUGUUUCGAAUAUGGAUCCGAUGAAAUUGUUGGUAUAAGUGUGAACUACGUAAAAUGCAAGGGAGACACAUUCUGGGAAGAACUUGAUCGAAAAAUUAGAAGCGAAAGCACCGACAGAAUAUCGGAGCUAAUGUCAUUAUUAUGUGAAAAAUUCGAUCCAUUCAAGCAAUAUGCAGUUGACAUGUACUUGGAUACACAAGCCAUUGCCAUAAAGAAAAAAUACCGCGGCCGUGGCAUUGCUGAACAUUUUCUGAGAUGUAGCAAAUUCAUUUGUAAAGAGUUCAAAAUAAAACUUACAUCAACCAUUUUCACAUCGGAUUUUUCGAAUCGAAUCGCUGAUAAAAAUGGAUUCAAGCUUGACAAAAUUAUUAGAUAUGAAGACAUUCGUAAUGCAUAUCCAAAUCUUAAUGUUCCGCACAUCAACAGCAGUGCAAUGACAAUUAAGUCAAUAUUUUUCGAUGAUAUCUAAUUGAUAUGUACAUAGAUGUAUAAUGUAUAUAGGAUGUCGUAAAUUACGACUCCGUAAUAUUGCCUCACAAACCAAAUUUGUUAUGUUCAAACAGCAAUAAUUUGAGAUUGCAUGAGAAUUAAUAUGUUUCAUAAAAAUCUCAAGCACGCAAAUAAUCUUAUAUGAUUAUCACUCAUGGACUAGCUCAGAUAAGAUUUGAUCAGACCCACAUAAACAAUUUAUUGUUUGUAUUAUACUUCACAUAAUAAUUAACUGCUCUUUUGCUCGCGCUGUUAUAUUUCCACGCAUAUUGUUGCCUUGCAAGCUUCUCACGAAAAGCCACUCGAUACAAUUUCGAUUGUAAAUAACAUUAUACACCGAGAGAUACCUGCGUCUAUAAACAGUGAAGUUUAAAUUACCAAGAUUUCUGAGUAUUUUACUGAUACUUAUCAUGGAAUUUCGUCAAAAUAUUGACAUUGAGAAAGACUACGUGCAUUCUACACGCCUUUGCAUACAAAUGAGACUUUCAAGAGACAUCAUACGAUUAUUACUGGAAAUAUAAUUUGUUCCCGUAGAGAACAUUCAAAUCGAUUUCAAUGCCAUUUUGAUCCAGUACACAUGUUCCAAAUUAUAUUUUGAUGUAGAUGGUAAUGAAAUGUACAUUUCAUACCUAUUUCGCCUGGAAAGACAACGAUUUAAUGAGAUGAAUAUUCAAAUCUUGGAAGAUUUGCCGAAAUGACUUUGGGCAGGGCGAUUUUAAUUGUAGAUUUUAUGUAGUUUUAUGUAGUGUAUUUACUUUUAUGUAGGAACAAUUUUUUCGAGCAAUCGGCUGUCGAAAAACUGCUAUAAAAUAGAACAACUCAAAUCUUGGUCAAAAAACGUAUUUUCCACAAAUCGAAUUUUUUUUCCGAAUGAAGAAUGAUCCCAAAAAAUUGUAGAUAAACUGUAGAAUUCAAAUCAAUUGUCUGUUUUCGAAUAUGUCUGCCCGUUCGUUCGAUAUCGUGACGAGUCUCGAAAAUUGGUCCAAAAUCGGUAAAACUCAAAUCUUGGCCACAAAUUGAAAUUUCCACAAACUGAAUCUUCCUCUAUUGUUGCUAGGUUCCAUAAAAUUGUAGAAAAAAUGAAGAAUUCAAAUCAGUCAUCCGAUUCUUGAUGUUUGAACAACUUAUUUGGCUCCAGGAGAGUUUAUCAUUUAAUAUAUGGGAAUAAAACUGCUAUAAACUGCAAUAAAA